ACUCACAUCUUCCAUCCACUGGUAGGCACUGGGUCUAAAACACUUGACAUGUCCUUCACGGGAUCUUCAUUUAAGCCGACGCUUCUCUCAGCCAUACCGAUUAUGCUGCUUGUUUUUAUUCCUGAACCGUGCACUCCCACCAAGGUGAACUGCUCCCAACCCAACCAACUGGCGCUGUUUGAGGCCCUGACGCCCGUCUUCAACAUGGCCGCCUUACGACCCGUCAAAAACAUGACCACCCCCACCAACGUCAGCUUACACUUCUACCUGUAUGCAAUAUUGGGAGUGGAUGAAAAGGCUCAACUCCUGGUGACGUAUCUUUGGCAGCAUUUUAGGUGGCACAGUGAGUUUGUCAGUUGGGACCCGCUCCAGUGCGGCACCGACAAGAUUUCCCUGCCCAGGAAGAAGUUUUGGGUCCCGGAUCUGGUCAUCAAUGAGUUUGUGUACGAAGACAAAGCUCCAUUCGUCCCUUACGUGAAUCUGCACAGCGACGGAAGCAUACGAGACGCCAAACCGGCCAGAGUUGUCAGCUCGUGUCACCUCGACAUCUACACCUUCCCCUUUGACGUGCAGGACUGCACUCUCACCUUCAGCUCCGUCAUCAUACCCGGAGCAGCAUUGAAGGUGUUUCCUUCGUCGACUGAUGAAAAGAUCACUAAGGUCUCCAAGCAUGUGAUGACCACUUUGGGGGAGUGGGAGCUGCUGAACAUCACCAGUGAAAAGAUCAAUCACCAACAUGACAUUGAAGGUUACCUCCUCGACGAGCUUGCAUUUCACAUCCGAUUGCGACGCAGGUCCACGCUCUACGUGGUCAACCUGUUGAUCCCCAGCUGCUUCCUCAUCACCGUCGACCUCUUCAGCUUCCUGUUGCCUCCUCAGAGUGUGGACCGCUCCUCCUUCAAGAUGACCCUCAUCCUGGGCUACACCGUCUUUCUGCUCAUCAUGAACGACCUGUUGCCCAUCACGGGGAACACCAUACCUCUCAUAAACGUCUUCUUCUCCCUGUGCUUGGCUCUGAUGGUGGCCAGCCUCCUGGAGACAAUCCUCAUCACCAACUUGCUGCUCGGCUCCAAAAACCUGCGCCCCGUUCCCCGCUGGGUCCGCGUGCUUGUUCUCCGGACUCUGGGACGUCUUGUUGGUCUGCCCUGGCGAGGGGAAAAAGAAGCAGACACGAGAGCGAGUCCCGUGUCAGAGCAGCGGCGGGCUGACGGGGCACCUGGAGAGGAGAAAGGACCAGGGGUGGAGGACGAUGCCCUGCAGGAGUUGAGGAGCCUGGGUACAGACCUGAAAGUCAUCCGCCUGCAGGUGGAGCAGCAGCUGGGGGUCAGCCAGAGCUCAGAGGAGUGGAUCCAGGUGGGUUUCAUCAUAGACCGCCUGCUGUUUGGCUUCUACAUCCUCUUCAUAUCUGUCAGCUUCCUCACCAUCAUCAUCAUCUGGGCCAGCCAAUAGAUGACUUGGGUCUACCUGUCAAACAUGUGUAGGAUUAAUCCACUGUUAUGCUUAACCUCUUAACCUCAAGCUGUUGUUUACAUCCUUUGUUUUAUUUGUCUUUGCUAUUUGGGCAUA